AUUUUACGGGUAAAUGCUACCCUGGUACCGGUAAUGCAACUCUAUGGAGUUUGUGUAGAAUCCGUAUGCAAGUCGAAGUUCGUCGGCAUAUUGAGGGCGAGAACGGAUCAUCUUGGAAGGAGAGAUGUCGGAUCGGGAUAGUACGGAGGAUCAGCCCCAGGGCCAAGCUGGGGUGCAGGAAUUGGCCACAAAAACCCUCCACAUUCAGAGUAAGAGGUACUACCUUGAUGUCAAACAGAACAGGAGAGGGCGCUUUCUAAAGAUAGCAGAGGUAAGCGAGGUCGGAGGUAGAGGAGGUAAGAGCCGGCUCACGUUGGGCAUGUCCGCCGCUGCCGAGUUCCGGAACCACUUGACGGACUUCAGCGAGCAUUACGCACAGCUUGGGCCCGCCAGCCACGAUAACCCGCCAGACGACGGACGACUCAAAAGUGAAGUCAUCGUCAAAGAGAACAGACGGUAUUACCUUGACCUCAAAGAAAACUCACGGGGGCGCUUUUUAAAAGUGUCACAAACAGUGAACAGAGGAGGUCCAAGAACACAGAUCGCCGUGCCUGCCCAGGGUCUUGUAGAAUUCAAAAACGCCCUCACAGAGUUACUAGAUGAAUUUGGAGUGGAUAGCACAGAGGAAGGUCAAGGAAAUGUCCCAGAGAGUAGAUCAUUUAGGGUUGAAAAUAAAAAUUUCUACUUUGACAUCGGACAGAACUUCCGUGGAGUUUACAUGAGGAUCAGUGAAGUACAGCCUCGAAAUCAAUUCCGCACAUCCGUCACGAUUCCGGAGCGAUCCUGGGCCCGUUUCCGAGACAUCUUCUCAGAGUACGUCGACAGGAUGAAGGAGAUUAGAGCACCCGAAGGAGGAGGUCAAGGGGACGAGGGAGAUUAGGAUAAUCCAACACUCACCUUAAUCCCCUCAGAAUCCUCAUCCCCCUCAACAGAAGAGAAAAAAAAACAAAAAAAAGAAACAGACUCUAUACCCUCUGCCUCAAGAAGACUGGAAAAUGACGAAAAAAAGGAGAAAAAAAUGGAGACAAGAAAUCUAUGACAGAUGAUUAUUACAUAACAGUGUGUGUAUUCAUGGCUUGGGAAAAAACAACAACAACAACAUGAGAUGGAUAUUUGUGUGGGAGAGACAGUUGUGAUAUAAAAAAAAUAAUAAUUUAUAUAAAUCUAAAGAUUUUAUCAUAUUGAAAUGGAUUUUUUGUAUCAAUGAAAUUGAGGAAUGAUUAUUUUUUUUUUGCAAGUGUGUUGGUUCAAUAGAGAAGGUAUUGAAACAAUGUAUUUGGUACAAUAAACCACCAAAAAAAUUGAAAAAGUCGAGUUUAUGAAUUCCAAAUAUGUGUAUGCGGACACAGCUAAAGUUUCUUUUUUGUUUUGUUUUGUGAACACAUCGCCAUGACAAUGAUUUUAAGUCUCGGUAGGUGAGAAAAGGAUCCAUAAAAUUAAAUUUUAAGCCAAUUGUCCAGAAAAAUAUAAAUCAUAUUUAUACACGAUUUGGAUAUAUCACUGAUCACAUAAAAAAUGAUCUAACUUGACUCUCCCAAAUUGAAAAUUUUGAAAAGUGAAAUGGGUGUUGUUAGAGUUUACCUCUGAAUCAAAGACAAAAUAUUUCAAAUUCAUGCCUGCUAAUAGAAAAAAAACAUGAUUGGUAUCAAUUGUAUGACACAAUAUGCUUGCGUGAUAAAAACCAAGCAAAGAAGAUGAACGAAAAAGGUUUUUAGCAAUGCUUUUGUAAUAAUUUGAUUUUAACAAUGUCUAAGAGAAUAUUUUAAGGUAUUGGAGUUAAUUUGCAGAGGAACAAUGAGCCAUUUGAAAAGACAAUAAAUAACAGGACAAGGGGGGGGGGCGGUUCAAGGCUUGAAAGGGCACAACGUGACAAGGAUUCAAUUGCACCGACCAAGGACAGGAAAAACUGACCGUGGGAUAAAACUGGCAUCCGGAUUGUUCAUGCUGACACGCAGGAUGGGGAUACAUUGAAGGAGGGGAUGGAUUACAGGUGAAGGACAGAAUUGCCCGCGACACGGAUAAACGGAUGGUGAGACCGCUUCAGACGGAGUUUCCUUUUUACGGAAAUAUGUGUAGAGUUAACAGCCUGUGUGAUUGCAUAUAACAAAAUAGAGCUAUUUAAUAAUUUGAUGAAAAAAAGAGGAACGAUGUAAAAAAAAAAGAAUGAGGGAGACAUAUUUGUACAUGUGUUUAUGAUAGAGAGCCUUUUCUAACAUCAGAAUUUUGAGUUUUCUUUUCUCUAUUUUUCUGGAUAUAUCUGGUUCCUGUUUCUCUUUUAUAGUGACUGAAUCAGACUUGAUUACUUUUUUAUAACAGGGGCAAGCGUAACCAUUGAAUUAAUGUUCAUGUGGUCCAGGGGCCUGUUUCACAAAACUUGUUAUGAUAACAAGUUUGUUAAAAGCUACUGAAAUCCUUCAAUCUGAUUGGCUGAUGGUAAACUUGUUACAGAGAUUGUGCAUUUGUUGUUAUAACAAGUCUUUAUGAAACGGUAUUGUGAUCUGUUCCAGCUUAUUCAUACACUCUUCCUUGCCUAUAUGUGGUAUUCGAUACUUUGUCUAAAAGGCAUUAAUUUUGUGAUUUUUUUCUACUAUCAAUUAAGUGAAGGUGAAUACUUUAUCAGUCUUCUGUACAAUUCACAUUGGAUCACAGAAUUCGGAAAUAUGAAAAUAAUUUCAAAAAAUCAGGAAAAAAAAUCAAAUCAUUUGAAAUUGUUCACUGUUACUCCAUGCAAUUACUAACGGGUCAACAAAUUAUUUCAAUCUUACGCCUGCCCCUUAACAAGCAUGUACAAAAUUGCCAGAAAUGUUUGACAAAUCUCGGCCUUCACAGUGUAGAGAGAGAGAAAAAAAUUCUGAGAUAAAUAAAUCUUAAGAGAGUUAUAUUUACAUUUUUCACUUGUGUCAAGCUUAUAUAUAUAUGAAUAUUGGAUAUUUUGUCUUAUUUUUUUUCUCUGUUAUAAACAAAGAAUUCUGCACAUUUCUUUUUAAUCCUGCCUACGGGAGCCCUGUAGCCAGGAGAUGCCUCAUAGAGUUAUUUAUAUAAUCAUAGAGAGUGUUUUUUGUGUUGUGAUGACCAACAAGGUGUUUCAAGCCAUUGAGAGAAAGAGAGAAAUAUAUCUCCCAAUCUAAUGUAUAGUGUUGGUUUGUUUAGCUAGCGAGUUCACCGUUGCCCCCACGUAGCCCUAUUAACGUAUGGAUUAGAUCUGUAGUGGUAUAUAUAGAGAAAGAAAUUGGCAGCCAUUUUGCUCCUACCUUAUUGUUUUGCAAUUACAGUGUAAGCGGUGAGGGCCACUCACUGGCAGCCAUUUUGGUACACCCAUCUUCAUUGACUUGUAUUAAUGUUUAUUUACAGCCAUUGGCGACCCUAAUCCUGCUUCAUAUCAGUCUUUUCAGCUUUUUAAAGAGAAGAAUGCAUUCUUUUCACAAGGCCCCACACUUACUUUUUUUUCUUGGACCGAUCAGUCCAUCAAAAUCAUCAAUUUCAUAUUUUUGCUGGCCCAAAAAGCAAAUUUGGUGGCACUAAAACAGUAGAAAAGAUUACGAUUUAUCAAAACUUUGGUAGACCGAACGGGCCACCAAGUGUGGUCUUUUGCAGAAUUUUGGUGGCCUGACUCUCAUUUUUGGUUGCCCCGGGCCAUUGCUAAUGUCGAGCCCUGCUUUACAAGACUGCACAUGCAUCUAAACGAAGCGUAUUCUUUUUGAUGCCCUUAAUAUUGUGAUUAAAACUUAUUUCAAGCCAAUCCAUAUGAGAGAAGAUUCUUGUCAAAGCAGUCACUUAUAAGGGCUUGUAUUCUCAAACCGAGCUCAUUCAUCUUUUUUUAUCAUUGGAUUAGGAAAUUGUAGAUGUAAAUGGUUUCAAAAAGCCGGUGAACAUUUGUGAGAUGAUUAGGAGCUGUAACUAAU